GGGGAGAGAGAGGGAGCGGGAGGGAUGUGAGAGGACAGCAGCCUCCCUGAGCACAGAGCUGAUUCCUGUUCAUCGUCAGCUGCCUCUACCUCUCCUCCUCUCUCUUUUUUCUCUCUUCCCCUCUUUCUUUUUUCUUUCUCUCUCUCUCUCUGUCUCCUUCCCACCUCUCUGGGGCUCGGUCUCUGUCCCACCACUUCCCUGAGGAGGAUUCCGGCCACAUCUGUUCCCUGCCUGGAAAAAAGACAUGGGGUACGGCCGGUCAGACAGUUACCGCGUGGCCACCACGCAGGACAAUAAGGAUGACAACUCCCCUAAGAAGGGCAAGGGGGUGCAGAAAAAAGAAAUGGACGAACUCAAGAAAGAGGUGGCCAUGACGGAGCACAAAAUGUCGGUGGAGGAAGUGUGCCGGAAAUAUAACACGGACUGUGUGCAGGGAUUGACGCUGAGUAAAGCAGCAGAGAUUCUGGCUCGAGAUGGUCCCAAUGCACUCACGCCACCCCCCACAACACCCGAGUGGAUAAAGUUUUGUCGUCAGCUGUUCGGAGGAUUCUCAAUUCUUCUAUGGAUUGGGGCUAUCCUCUGCUUUCUGGCUUACGGCAUCCUGGCUGGCACAGAAGAUGAUCCCUCGAGAGACAAUCUAUAUCUGGGCAUUGUCCUUGCUGCGGUCGUGAUUAUCACUGGCUGCUUCUCUUAUUACCAGGAGGCCAAAAGUUCUAAAAUUAUGGAAUCCUUCAAAAACAUGGUGCCCCAGCAAGCCCUGAUUAUCCGUGAAGGUGAAAAGAUGCAGCUUAACGCCGAGGAGGUUGUGGUUGGCGACCUGGUAGAAGUUAAGGGUGGAGACAGAGUGCCAGCCGACCUUCGCAUUAUAUCUGCCCAUGGCUGCAAGGUUGAUAACUCUUCCUUGACAGGUGAAUCUGAGCCCCAGACAAGGUCACCUGAUUGCACUCAUGAUAACCCUCUCGAGACGCGAAAUAUCGCUUUCUUCUCUACUAACUGCGUUGAAGGUACGGCUCGUGGAGUGGUGGUCGCCACAGGAGACAGGACUGUGAUGGGUCGCAUUGCCACCCUGGCUUCUGGUCUGGAAGUUGGGAAGACCCCAAUUGCCAAAGAGAUUGAACAUUUCAUUCAACUUAUCACCGGCGUGGCUGUCUUCUUGGGAAUCAGCUUCUUCAUCCUCUCGCUCAUUCUGGGAUACUCCUGGCUUGAAGCCGUCAUCUUCCUUAUCGGCAUCAUCGUGGCUAAUGUCCCGGAAGGUCUGCUGGCAACUGUGACUGUCUGUUUGACUCUGACUGCCAAGCGCAUGGCCCGGAAGAACUGCCUGGUGAAGAACUUAGAAGCCGUGGAGACGCUGGGAUCCACGUCUACCAUCUGCUCUGACAAGACCGGGACCCUCACACAGAACCGUAUGACUGUGGCCCACAUGUGGUUCGACAACCAGAUCCACGAGGCAGACACCACAGAGGAUCAGUCAGGCGCAUCAUUUGAUAAGAGUUCUCCUACUUGGGUGGCCUUAGCUCGGAUUGCUGCUCUGUGCAACCGCGCCGCCUUCAAAGCAGGAAACGAUAACAUUCCCAUACUGAAGAGGGACGUUGCAGGUGACGCUUCUGAGUCUGCUCUCCUAAAGUGCAUUGAAUUGUCCUGCGGGUCGGUGAAACUCAUGAGAGAGAAGAACAAGAAGGUGGCGGAGAUUCCAUUCAACUCUACCAACAAGUAUCAGUUAUCCAUCCACGAGACUGAGGACCCCAACGAUAACCGCUAUCUGCUGGUCAUGAAGGGAGCCCCAGAGAGGAUUCUGGAAAACUGUUCCACCAUUUUAAUCCAAGGAAAGGAACAGCCAUUGGACGACGAGCUUAAAGAGGCCUUCCAAAAUGCCUACUUGGAACUGGGUGGCCUGGGAGAAAGGGUGCUGGGAUUCUGCCACUAUUACUUCCCCGAGGAGCUGCAUCCCAAGGGCUUUGCUUUUGAUACAGAGGACCUUAACUUCAGCACCGAGAACCUUUGCUUUGUUGGUCUCAUGUCCAUGAUUGACCCUCCCAGGGCAGCCGUGCCAGACGCCGUGGGGAAAUGCCGAAGUGCAGGAAUCAAGGUGAUUAUGGUAACUGGUGACCAUCCCAUUACAGCCAAAGCUAUUGCCAAAGGAGUUGGGAUUAUUUCUGAGGGUAACGAGACUGUGGAGGAUAUCGCAGCCAGACUUAAUAUCCCUGUCAGCCAAGUGAAUCCCAGGGAUGCCAAGGCCUGUGUAAUUCACGGGACAGAUUUGAAGGACAUGGGCACAGAGCAGAUGGACGAGAUCCUGCAGAAUCACACAGAGAUUGUGUUUGCCCGCACCUCGCCUCAGCAGAAGCUCAUCAUUGUGGAAGGCUGCCAACGCCAGGGGGCUAUUGUUGCAGUCACAGGUGAUGGUGUCAACGACUCCCCGGCUCUGAAGAAGGCAGACAUUGGGGUGGCCAUGGGUAUCGCCGGUUCAGAUGUCUCGAAACAGGCAGCGGACAUGAUUCUCCUGGAUGAUAAUUUUGCUUCCAUUGUCACAGGAGUGGAAGAAGGGCGCCUUAUCUUCGACAACCUGAAGAAGUCCAUCGCCUACACCCUGACAAGUAACAUCCCAGAGAUUACGCCUUUCCUACUCUUCAUCAUGGCCAAUAUCCCACUGCCUCUGGGUACCAUCACCAUCCUGUGCAUUGAUCUGGGUACCGACAUGGUUCCUGCUAUCUCUCUCGCUUAUGAAGCUGCUGAAAGCGACAUCAUGAAGAGGCAGCCUAGAAACCCUCGCACAGACAAACUGGUCAACGAGAGGCUGAUCAGCAUGGCGUACGGGCAAAUCGGUAUGAUCCAGGCUCUGGGCGGCUUCUUCGCAUAUUUCGUAAUUCUAGCAGAAAAUGGUUUCCUUCCAUCUCAUCUGGUUGGAAUCCGAUUAAACUGGGAUGAUAGGACCUGCAAUGAUCUGGAAGACAGCUACGGACAGCAAUGGACAUACGAACAACGAAAGAUUGUGGAGUUCACAUGCCACACGGCCUUCUUCGUCAGUAUCGUGGUGGUGCAGUGGGCAGAUGUCGUUAUUUGCAAGACCAGAAGAAAUUCUGUGUUCCAGCAGGGCAUGAAGAAUAAGAUCCUCAUCUUUGGUCUGUUUGAGGAAACAGCUCUGGCGGCGUUCUUGUCUUAUUGCCCCGGAAUGGACAUUGCAUUGAGAAUGUACCCUCUAAAACCCAGCUGGUGGUUCUGUGCCUUCCCAUACAGCUUCCUCAUCUUUAUAUACGAUGAGAUCCGAAAACUCAUCCUUAGAAGACACCCAGGAGGUUGGGUAGAAAAAGAGUCUUACUAUUAAGUUCCGAGAAAUCUCCUAGACCUGGAUCCUCGUCGACCUAUUAACCCUGCCCCGAAUAAAGAAAAAAAAAGAAAUAAAAAAAAUAAACAAAUAAAAAUAAAUCCAAACAAAGUUCCCUAAAAAAAAAACCCCAUCAACUAACAGUGGUUAACAAAGAAUGCAAUGUCCGGUAUAGAACCCACUCUCCAGCUUUCUGUUCCAGAUUCCAUUUUGGUUCUUUUUUUCAACUCAUUUCUCUCCCCUCCUUUUUCUGUAAAAUUAUAAAUAUAUAUAUAUAUUAUAUAUAAAUAUAAAUAGAACCAGGUUUUUUUUUUUUUUUGCGCUUUGUUGUUUUUUUUUUUUUAUGUUUAUUUUAUUUUUAAUGAUAUAAUAUAAAAGGAGGGGGAGAGAGAAGGAAAGAGAGGACACUAGAAAGAGUGAUUUAAGAGCUAAAUAAAAGACGCGAAACGGGGAGAAAA